AGUCUGUUAUAUUUUGACCGUUCGAAUAUUCAGAGAGAGAGAAACAGAGAGCGUCUUUCCAAAUUCCCAAGUCAAGUUCUGCUGCUUUACUGAUUUUUCGAUUUCUCAAGGAGUAAGCGAAAUUAGGGUUUCGAAUCGAAGACAAAGGGAACUGAGAUGACGACUAUGGAGAGCUUGAUAGGGCUGGUGAAUCGCAUACAGAGGGCGUGUACUGUGCUCGGUGACUACGGAGGCAGCGAUAGUAUUUUUUCCUUGUGGGAAGCUCUGCCCUCUGUCGCUGUCGUCGGCGGCCAGAGUUCUGGGAAGUCUUCGGUUUUGGAGAGCAUUGUUGGACGUGACUUUCUUCCCAGAGGAUCUGGGAUUGUGACAAGGCGGCCUUUGGUGUUGCAGCUACACAAGACAGAUGAAGGAACCCAGGAGUACGCUGAGUUCCUUCACCUUUCCAAGAGGAGAUUUACUGAUUUUGGCAUGGUUCGAAAGGAAAUUCAGGAAGAAACUGAUAGAAUAACAGGAAAGACAAAACAGAUAUCUCCUGUUCCUAUCCAUCUCAGCAUCUACUCCCCUAAUGUUGUCAACUUAACCCUAAUUGACUUACCCGGUCUGACGAAAGUUGCUGUUGAGGGCCAGCCUGAAAGUAUUGUUGAAGAUAUUGAAAACAUGGUUCGAUCUUAUGUUGAGAAGCCUAAUAGCAUUAUACUAGCAAUAUCUCCAGCCAACCAAGAUAUAGCCACAUCAGAUGCUAUAAAACUUGCUAGGGAAGUUGAUCCAACAGGUGAACGGACAUUUGGGGUGUUGACAAAGCUUGAUUUGAUGGACAAAGGAACUAAUGCACUGGAUGUUAUUGAAGGAAGAUCCUAUCGCCUGCAACAGCCUUGGGUUGGAGUUGUGAACCGUUCACAAGCAGAUAUUAAUAAAAAUACAGACAUGGUUCUUGCAAGGCGCAAGGAGCGCGAAUACUUUGCAACCAGUCCCGACUAUGGGCACUUAGCUAAUAGAAUGGGUUCUGAGUAUCUUGCAAAACUUCUCUCAAAGCAUUUGGAGACUGUGAUUAGGGCUCGAAUACCAAGUAUCUUAUCUAUGAUUAACAAAAGCAUUGAUGAACUUGAAUCCGAGUUGGACCAUCUUGGUAGGCCUGUUGCUGUUGAUGCUGGGGCUCAAUUGUACACUAUACUGGAACUCUGCCGUGCAUUUAACAGGAUUUUCAAGGAGCAUCUAGAUGGAGGACGGGCUGGAGGUGAUCGGAUUUAUGGUGUCUUUGACAACCAACUGCCUGCUGCAUUGAGGAAGCUUCCAUUUGAUCGACAUCUUUCUCUGCAGAAUGUAAGGAAAGUGGUUUCAGAGGCUGACGGUUAUCAGCCACACUUGAUUGCUCCGGAGCAAGGUUACCGCCGCCUAAUUGAGGGGUCACUGAGUUAUUUUAGAGGGCCGGCUGAAGCUUCCGUGGAUGCUGUUCACUUUGUCUUGAAAGAACUUGUGAGGAAGUCAUUAGCAGAAACUCAGGAAUUGAAGCGCUUUCCGACUCUGCAAGCUGAAAUAGCUGCUGCAUGUAAUGAGGCCUUGGAAAGGUUCCGUAAUGAAAGUAAGAAGACAACUCUUCGAUUAGUGGACAUGGAAUCUUCAUAUUUGACUGUGGAUUUCUUUCGGAGACUUCCACAGGAAAUGGAGAACACCGGAAACCCAGGAAACCCGGGAAAGCCUGGUUCAACACCAGCGGGAAGGCCUGGUACAACACCCGCCCCUGCCCCUGCCAUGGACCGCUACUCAGAGGGCCACUUUCGGAGGAUAGGAUCAAACGUAUCCUCUUAUGUGGGAAUGGUGUCUGAGACACUGAGGAACACAAUCCCCAAGGCCGUUGUUCAUUGUCAAGUCAAAGAGGCUAAUACGUCAUUGCUGAAUCACUUCUACAUACAAAUUGGGAAGAGAGAGGCUAAGCACCUUUCCCAGCUGCUUGACGAAGAUCCGGCGUUGAUGGAGAGGAGGCACCAGUGUGCUAAAAGGCUAGAACUGUACAAGUCGGCAAGGGAUGAGAUUGAUUCUGUAGCAUGGGUCCGCUGAGAUGGAUUAAUGUUCAGAGACUUCAUAGUUACUGCUGCUGCGGAUAUAUGAACACGAACACGAACAGGACCACGACCACGACCACGACCACGACCACGACCGAAUUUGUUGAAGUGUUGUUGUAUGUAGUUUUGUUGUUGAACCAAAUUCUGAUGGUUUGGGAUUGGGGAUGUUGAAUUGUUGGUCAGAUUAAUUCUGGUAUUUUGUUUGAUUGCUGUUAUUAUAGUAAUCUUCUGUACAUAUCUAAAACCUAUGUAUUCCACUCCUUAUAUAAUAUAUCAGAUUUAUUAUUAUUAUUA